CGCUGGCCCGCGAGCGCUUCAAGGUGGUCUUUGCGCCGGUGUACUGCAAGCGGACCUGUCUCAAGGGCCAGUGUCGGGACAGCUGUCACCACGGCACCAACAUGACGCUGAUCGGAGAGAACGGCCACAGCACCGACACACUCACUGGCUCCGGCUUCCGCGUGGUGGUGUGCCCUCUGCCCUGCAUGAACGGUGGCCAGUGCUCCUCCCGAAACCAGUGCCUGUGUCCCCCCGACUUCACCGGCCGCUUCUGCCAGGUGCCCGCUGGAGGAGCUGGCGGCGCAGGAGGAGGCUCAGGUCCAGGGCUGGCCAGGGCGGGGUCCACAGGCACCCUGCAGUCUCUGGUUCCAGAGGGCGAGUCCGUGGCCAGCAAGCAUGCCAUCUACGCGGUGCAGGUGAUCGCCGAUCCUCCCGGGCAGGGGGAGGGGCCUCCUGCCCAGCAUGCGGCUUUCUUGGUGCCCCUGGGGCCCGGACAGAUAUCAGCAGAAGUGCAGGCCCCGCCCCCCGUAGUGAAUGUCCGAGUCCACCACCCGCCUGAGGCCUCUGUCCAGGUGCACCGCAUUGAGGGGCCCAACGCCGAGGGCCCUGCCACCUCCCAGCACCUGCUGCCACACCCCAAACCUCAGCACCCACGACCACCCACCCAGAAGCCCCUGGGCCGCUGCUUCCAGGACACGCUGCCCAAGCAGCUGUGUGGCAGCAACCCCCUGCCUGGCCUCACCAAGCAGGAGGACUGCUGUGGGAGCAUCGGGACUGCCUGGGGCCAGAGCAAGUGCCACAAGUGCCCUCAGCUGCAGUACACAGGGGUGCAGAAGCCAGGGCCUGUACGUGAGGUGGGCUCUGAGUGCCCCCAGGGCUACAAGAAGUUCAACAGCAGCUACUGCCAGGACAUCAACGAGUGCGCGAUGCCAGGAAUGUGUCGGCCCGGUGACUGCCUCAACAGCCUGGGCUCCUAUCGCUGCAUCUGCCCACCUGGGCAUAGUUUGAGCCCCUCCCGCACUCAGUGCAUUGCAGACAAGCCUGAGGAGAAGAGCCUGUGUUUCCGCCUGGUAAGCCCAGAGCACCAGUGCCAGCACCCCCUGACCACGCGCCUCACCCGCCAGCUCUGCUGUUGCAGCGUGGGCAAGGCCUGGGGAGCAAGGUGUCAGCGCUGUCCAGCAGAUGGCACUGCUGCCUUCAAAGAGAUCUGCCCAGCUGGGAAGGGGUACCACAUCCUGACCUCCCACCAGACACUCACCAUCCAGGGUGAAAGCGACUUUUCCCUUUUCCUGCACCCUGAUGGACCACCCAAACCCCAGCAGCUCCCUGAGAGCCCCAGCCAGGUGCCACCACCUGAGGACACAGAGGAAGAGAGAGGGUUAACCACAGACCCACCAUUGAUCGAGGAGCGGUCAGUACAGCAGAGCCACUCUACGGCUACCACCUCUCCUGCCCGGCCCUACCCAGAGCUGAUAUCCCGCCCCUCACCACCUACCAUCCGCUGGUUCCUGCCCCCAGACUUGCCGCCCUCCCGCAGUGCAGUGGAGAUCGCCCCCACUCAGGUCACAGAGACCGACGAGUGCCGACUGAACCAGAACAUCUGUGGUCACGGAGAGUGCGUUCCAGGCCCCUCCGACUACUCCUGCCACUGCAACCCCGGCUACAGGUCGCAUCCGCAGCACCGCUACUGCGUGGAUGUGAACGAGUGUGAUGCGGAGCCGUGCGGCCCUGGGAAGGGCACCUGCCUGAACACCGGCGGCUCCUACAACUGUCACUGCAACCGCGGCUACCGCCUGCAUGUGGGCUCCGGGGGGCGCUCGUGCGUGGACCUGAACGAGUGCGCCAAGCCCCACGUGUGCGGCGACGGAGGCUUCUGCAUCAACUUUCCUGGCCACUACAAGUGCAACUGCUACCCGGGCUACCGGCUCAAAGCCUCCCGACCGCCCGUGUGCGAAGACAUCGAUGAAUGCCGGGACCCCAGCUCCUGCCCUGAUGGCAAAUGCGAGAACAAACCCGGGAGUUUCAAGUGCAUCCCGUGUCAGCCCGGCUACCGCAGCCAAGGGGGCGGGGCCUGCCGCGACAUCAACGAGUGCACCGAGGGCAGUCCCUGCGCUCCCGGCUGGUGCGAGAACCUUCCGGGCUCCUUCCGCUGCACUUGUGCCCAGGGCUACACGCCCGCGCCAGAUGGCCGCAGUUGUGUGGACGUGGAGGAGUGUGAGGCUGGGGACGUCUGUGAUAAUGGCAUCUGCACCAACACACCAGGCUCCUUCCAGUGUCAGUGCCUCUCUGGCUACCAUCUGUCAAGGGACCGGAGCCACUGUGAGGACAUUGACGAAUGUGACUUUCCUGCGGCCUGCAUUGGGGGUGACUGUAUCAACACCAAUGGCUCCUACCAAUGUCUCUGCCCUCAGGGGCAUCGGCUGGUGGGUGGCAGGAAGUGCCAAGACAUAGAUGAAUGCAGCCAAGACCCCAGCCUGUGCCUGCCCCACGGGGCCUGUGAGAACCUGCAGGGCUCUUAUGUUUGUGUCUGCGAUGAGGGCUUCACACCCACCCAGGACCAUCAUGGCUGUGAGGAGGUAGAGCAGCCACACCACAAGAAGGAGUGCUACCUUAACUUCGAUGACACGGUGUUCUGCGACAGUGUAUUAGCCACUAACGUCACCCAGCAGGAAUGCUGCUGCUCCCUGGGGGCCGGCUGGGGAGACCACUGUGAAAUCUACCCAUGCCCAGUCUACAGCUCAGCCGAGUUCCACAGCCUCUGUCCCGAUGGAAAGGGAUACACGCAGGACAACAAUAUUGUCAACUAUGGCAUCCCAGCCCACCGCGACAUCGACGAAUGCAUGCUGUUCGGGGCUGAAAUCUGCAAGGAGGGCAAGUGUGUGAACACGCAGCCUGGCUACGAGUGCUACUGCAAGCAGGGCUUCUACUAUGACGGGAACCUGUUGGAGUGCGUGGACGUGGACGAGUGUCUGGACGAGUCCAACUGCAGGAACGGCGUGUGCGAGAACACUCGCGGCGGCUACCGCUGCGCCUGCACGCCCCCCGCGGAGUACAGCCCGGCGCAGCGACAGUGUCUGAGCCCCGAGGAGAUGGGUGAGGCCCGGGCCGGGUGCCCGCCGCGCGGCGCGGGGUCCCAUUGCCAGACAUCGCAGAGUGAGAGCAAUUCAUUUUGGGACACGAGCCCCCUGCUGCUGGGAAAACCCCUGAGAGACGAAGACAGCUCCGAGGAGGACUCAGAUGAGUGCCGAUGCGUGAGUGGCCGGUGCGUCCCCAGGUUGGGCGGCGCCGUGUGCGAGUGUCCUGGUGGCUUCCAGCUGGACACCUCCCGCUCCCGCUGCGUGGACAUCGAUGAGUGCAGAGAACUGAACCAGCGCGGGCUGCUGUGCAAGAGCGAGCGCUGCGUGAACACCAGCGGUUCCUUCCGCUGUGUCUGCAAGGCAGGCUUCUCUCGAAGCCGCCCGCACGGGGCUUGUGUGCCUCAGCGCCGCCGCUGAGCAGCCUUGGAGAUCAUCCGAUCACCAAGAGGUUUCAGUUGACACUGGGGGCAAGCUCAGUCUCUCGCUCCUGCCCCAACCCGGCAUUCAGACCCAGGGACCCUCCAGGGCCUGCAGAACUUUUCUGCACUCCAAGGUCGGAGGGUGCCCACAGAGGUCCCCAUUCAUGGUUGGGUGUUGGGUCUGCCGGGCACUGUUGGCCUUCCUGAGGAUGAGUCCUAGAAACUGAUAAAUCAGAUCAUGCCUCUUUGAUUUAUUCUUGGCUUUCAAAGCAAACUGAUGUUCACAUCUGUGGUUGGCCAGGACUGCAGGGCAGCACCAGACCCCAGCCACCUUGGAGGAGCCAGACGGAGCCCAGGACAGGGUGUGUGAAAUAGAAUUUAUUGUGGCUCUGAUUAUGUACACGUGAGAGAUGCCUGGCAGGCUGGCCGGGCUCACAUGGUUUGUACAAUAAAUACAAUGCUGGGCCUGCUUUUGCACUG